AUGGUAACUGUGGCCCAGUUUAUCCGUAACCUGGUGGAGAAGGCUCUGGCGAUGGUAAAUGCUGCUGCGACUUACUCAAAGCCUCAAUUGGCCACAUUUUGGCACUAUGCCAAGGUGGAGCUGGUUCCUCCGACCCCAGCUGAGAUCCCUACAACUAUUCAGAACCUGAAAAAAAUAGUCAGGAGCGGUAAAACUGGUCGCUUCAAACAGCUCACCAUUAAGGAAGCUCUGCUGAAUGGUUUGGUGGCCUCUGAGGUGUGGAUGUGGUUGUAUAUCGGUGAGAUCAUAGGCAAGCAUGGCAUCAUUGGCUAUGAUGUUUGA